UUCUCUCUCUCUCUUUCUCGUUCGCGAGCUGCACUUGAUAGGCUUCGUCGAGCUCCGUCGCUUUUCCUCCUGCUGCUCCCAAUCAUUCUCUCGCUCCUUCUUUUGUUCCCUCCCAUUUCUUCAGCCGCGUUGCCACUCAAUCAUUUCCCUCUUUCCUCGACCCUUUUCCACGCCGCCGCUGAAUGCUUUCUCGCAGACAUCACGCGGGGUUCUCGAAGCCCUGUUCCUGCUCUUUCCAGCUUUCUUCGGUGCCUGGUUCUGAUGAAAAAUUCCAUACUUUUGACGCAGUUUUGCUCUAGUCUCGCUUCCAUUGUUUCAAAUGCGAGUAUAUUUGGUGUAGCUCCAAUGUUCGAAAUCGCCCUUCACGAAUCUCUCCUCAGAGAUCUUUGCGGCGCUUAAAUUUGUCGACAUUGAGUUGUGUGUCGGUAAAAAGUGCAGUCUUUUUUCCGAACCCGGAACGAGUUUCUUGUUUUUGUCGGCCUUUUUGAGUGGAGAAUUGUGGAGGGGGUGAUUGUUUCGAGCUGCUUCGGAUCUUGGGAGCAUUCCUGUGAAGUAUCUUGAGCAGCGAUGGUUGCAGAACCUUGGAUACUCAAGAUGGGCAAUCAGGUGAGUGCGAAUCUCAAGCACGCUCUUCUUUUAGAAAGUUCCAAGAAAAGGAGCAGCCUUAAGAAGCACGACGUUAAGCAGGUUAUUGGGAUUCUCUCUUUCGAAGUAGCUAAUAUUAUGUCCAAAACUGUUCACCUACACAAGUCCUUGUGUGAUGGGGAAAUAUUGAAGCUCCAAAGUGAGAUCUUGAAGUCCGAGGGGGUUAGGAAGUUGAUCUCGUCGGAUGAGUCUCGGAUUCUAGAGCUCGUCCUGGCCGAGAAGCUCGAUGACUUGAGCCGGGUGGCUAGUGUUGUCUCUAGGCUCGGUAAGAAGUGUAGUGAGCCUGCGUUGCAGGGUUUCGAGCAUGUGUAUGGGGACAUAAUGAAUGGAGUGAUUGAGGUCAAGGAUUUGGGGUUCUUAGUAAAGGACAUGGAUGGGAUGGUGAGGAAGAUGGAGAGGUACGUGAGCACGACAACAAAUUUGUUCAAUGAAAUGGAGGUCUUGAAUGAGUUGGAGCAGGGGACGAAGAAGUUCCAGAAUAACCAGCAUGAGGAGAGCCGACGCGCUUUUGAGCAGAAGCUGAUUUGGCAGAAGCAAGACGUGAGGCAUCUUAAGGAUGUUUCUCUUUGGAACCAGACGUACGAUAAGGUUGUAGAGCUUUUGGCAAGGACAGUGUGCACGAUAUAUGCGAGGCUUUGCACUGUGUUUGGCGAGUCCGCUUUGAGGGGGGAUGUUUCAGGGUUUGUCAGAGGAAAUUCUCCUCCGGCGAUGAAUACCCAUACCUAUGGUUCUGGUCAGAUUGGUGAUGUGCACCAGAAUGUCCAUGCGGUUUCUGGGCAAUUGAAACGAAUUCACAGCAAAAGUAGCAAUAGCUUUUAUUCGGGCCCAAUUGAGAAACGCAAGAUUGAGAGAGGACGAAGGGGUUUGAAGCCUCAGUACAAUACAAAGAGAGGUGAAGUAGAGUUAUUUCGCGCUGAAGAUUUUAAUUUUCCAUGUGUGACUAGCCCUGGGAGAAUUUUCAUGGAUUGUCUUAGCCUGAGCAGCUCGGUUUCAAGAAUAGAUGAUGAUGAUGAUGAUGACGAUGAUGAUGACACCUUGGAUCAUGACGGCCGAAGUAGCCAGAUUUCCGGGUGCGGCAGUAUUUAUAGUGGAAGCACAAAGAAAGAACAGUUGACGUAUUCUGGCUGUGCCGGUCAAUCCCAUUUCCCAGUGUCUUCCAUCAGCAGUCAAAGGCGAUCCAAAUCAGCUGUCACAAGCACUCCUCAGUUCGGUCCCAAGAGUAGAUUAGCAGUCUUUGCCUCUCCAUCCACUGUGGGAGGUUCUGCUUUAGCCUUGCAUUAUGCAAAUCUCAUAAUCGUUAUAGAGAAGCUGCUGCGAUAUCCUCACUUGGUUGGCGAAGAAGCUAGAGACGAUUUAUAUCAGAUGUUACCAACUAGCUUAAGGAUGUCCGUAAAGACUAAUCUGAAAUCAUAUAUGAAGAACUUGGCUAUAUAUGAUGCUCCGCUUGCCCACAAUUGGAAAGAGAGACUUGAUGAGAUACUAUGGUGGCUUGCCCCGCUGGCGCAUAACAUGAUCAGGUGGCAAAGUGAGCGUAACUUUGAGCAGCAUCAAAUUGUUACCCGAACAAAUGUUCUUUUGCUUCAGACACUGUAUUUUGCAGACAGGGAAAAGGCUGAGGCAGUAAUAUGCGACCUACUCGUUGGGUUGAAUUAUAUAUGUCGGUAUGAGCAUCAACAGAAUGCAUUGCUGGACUGUGCUAGUAGUUUUGAUUUCGAAGACUGUUCGGAAUGGCAGAUGCAGCGCUCUUAUUCUUACCUUAGUUGAGUACAUUGCUAAUGACUGGAUAUUUGCAUGAAGAAAAAUCAUAGAAGUAGAGGUGUGUACACAAUCUCUUCACACUGAAGAUUUCUUUUGUUGAAGAUUUUAGCUUUUUGCACUUUGUCGAAAGGUAUGGAAAGUUUUGACUGCUCAAUUCACAAAUUCACAAAUUCAAUCCCUAAUCUCUGUGCUGGAGAUGUAUAUAUUGGUCUAUGUAUAGCAGUGGCGCAAACGAUUUGUCAUUGGUUAUGUACUCGUUAAUGAAAAUUUCACUUCAGUUUCCUGUCAAUAGUAUUCUUCCAUUCAAUUUCUACUUUGAAUACACCGAACCAUCUGCUUUACUUUGCCAAACUGAGCUGUUUGUUUGUGGAUAGUAAGCGGCUAUUGCUGCUUGAGUGUUGUGUGACAUUGAUAACCAGAUACUAGUGGCAGUUGUAUUUUGCGGUUUCUGUGUUUCUUGGAGCUUUUGGCUUGUUGUGAGAACUGGUUAAUGUUGUGGGUAUCAUGUGUUCGAUAGUGCUUUCUGUAGUUUAUGUAGCUUUUAUUCAUGACUAGUUUUUUCCUGGUUUUGCUUCACUUAGAACAGCAUAGCACAUGACAUGCAAAUCAUUUUUGAUGGUUGAUUUGCCUGGACUGCUCUGAUUAUUCACAUACUAUCUCUUUCUUCUGCUGCUUGCCUUGUCCAUCUUGCUGAAACUUAUGCAGCUCUACAGUCAAUGUUUUCUGUUCAAGUCAUGUUUAAGCACUACUUCCAGUGAAGCCACAAUAUACGUGGUGACUAUUCUUAUGCAGGGAAUGGAUUCGUCCUACGGGAAAGUUUGCAGUUGAUGCAUAUAUCGCGUUGUAUUAUGAGUAUAUAACUUUUCCAUUUUCUUGUGCGUACUGGUAAUUAAUCUCAGUAGAUUAUUCUCAACCCAUAUGGCAGAAAGAUAUUAGUUUGUGGUUUUUUGUGUUAUAGAAAAACUUUGUGAGUUUUCGUGAUUUUAUUGCUAUUGAAAUAGAUGAGGAAGUAUAUUGUGAGAGCUUUCGAUUGUUGUCCUGCUUCUGCUGUAUGACUUACAUUCACACACCAUGAAGACAUGAAGAGUCCCACCAUGAAGACACCAUGAAGACAUGAACAGAGCUCAGGCUUGCAAGGUACUGCUAAAUUCAGUCAUCGGGAACUGUUGCUUCUCGAGCAGGUAAGUCCCACAACUUUCCUGAUCACAGGAUCAUAUGAGCAGGCAAGUCCUAUGCUAACAUUCUUUUCUUUUCUGGUAGAGGAUGUAAGAAACUGCUGUUUGGUACUGUGGUAUCCGGCAGUUUCACGAAAUAGUAUCACGAAAUAGACGAAUUCAGAUUAUGAAGCCUAGUACAUCCCAAAUGCAAUAGGUUGAGGUCAUUUCUACUACUUCAGCUGUUGAAAUAUUGGAUGCUCGGUAUUCUUCUACUUGAUACAUGUCCGCCUUCCAAUCUUAUGUAGCUUAUUAAUUGUUUUGGAAGGAUUGGGUGGUUAAGCUUGUUUUAACUACUUUUUCCCUAUCAUGUUUUUUCAUUCGAGGUGAUUCCCAUUUUAAGUUUA